ACUGUUUUUCUAUCUUGUAAAGAAUAAGAUAUUUUACAUCAGCGUAUCUUCCGUUGGAAUGCUCUUAGUACUCAAUCGUAGAUGCUCACCGAAGAAUAAAACCCUAAUCUCAAGGCGACUACUGCAUUUUCAACGAGAUGGGUGAAGAAGUGAAGGCCUUGAUUCCCGAGUCAGUGUUGAAGAAGAAGAACAGGGAGGAGGAAUGGGAUUUGGCCAAGAAAAAACAAGUUGAAGCUUUAAAACUUAAGAAUGCUGAGAACCGAAAGUUGAUCUACAGUAGAGCCAAAUUCUGUGCGGAUGAGUAUGCCAAACAGGAGAAAGAGCUGAUUGAGUUGAAGCGUGAGGCCAAGUUGAAAGGAGGAUUUUAUGUUGAACCCGAGGCCAAGCUCUUGUUUAUCAUUCGUAUUCGUGGUAUCAAUGCUAUGCACCCCAACACGAGAAAGAUUUUGCAGCUCUUGCGGUUGAGGCAGGGUUGAACCAUUUGUGACAUAGGGGUAUGUGUGAACGCCUUGAUCUUAUUCAUUUGGUUAUGCAUUUUGAUCAAUUACGGUGGAUGAUUCCAGAUACCCUAACUUGAAGAGUGUGAAGGAGUUGAUAUACAAGAGAGGUCAUGGGAAGCUGAACAAGCAAAGAACAGGCUUUGGGCAAGUAUGGAAUUCUCUGUACAGAAGAUCUUAUUCACGAAAUCACGACUGUGGGACCUCAUUUCAAGGAGGCAAAUAACUUCUUGUGGCCGUUCAAGCUCAAGGCACCAUUGGGUGGUCUAAAUAAGAAGAGGAAUCACUAUGUUGAAGGUGGUGAUGCCGGUAACCGUGAGAAUCAUAUUAAUGAGCUCAUCAGGAGAAUGAAUUAGCUUUUGGCACGAUCGGCAAAUAGUUCAUGAGGCUUUGUUUGUUAGAAAAAAUCUAUAGUCGAAUCAAAAUGUUAUUUCUCUUGUUAAAUUUUAUAGCUUCAAGAAUUUAAGUUUUAUAAUUUUUUUGAGUCGUGUCUUGUUUAGUUUGAGUUUUGAGGCCAUUUAGGAAUGACUAUUUAAGAUUUUUGCCGCAUAUACAUUAUCAUGCUUAUUGAUUAUUUUAAGUCGUUAAAAAUUCUCCAUAAACUAUACAUAAUGUUGUAAAGUAGGAUUUCCGACCAAUUUUGUUUAAUGUAGCUAAUGUCAUGCUGAUGUUUUUCUUUGU